AAAGAUGACUUUUAUCGAAGUCUGAAAAUCUGGGGAAACGCAUGGUGGCGCUGCAGGAUAAUAUCUUGGGGGAAAUACUGUGCUUGGAUAACAUCCUAGAAGUUGCCCAGUUACAUACAGAACAUUGGGAAACGAACAAACCAUGAUGGAGCAAAUUAAGGCUAAAAAGAAGACAUAAAUAUCAGAUUCUCGUGAGAAAUCAGAGGAAUAUUUCUUAGAACUGUGAAACUGAGCUGAAUUUACUCUGCAGAAAGCCUUUGGGAAAGCAGCUAUGGAAAUCAGAGGGAGAGACACUCUACGGAUAAGGCAAGUCCUGUUUCUCUUUGUUUCACUGGGAAUGUCUCAUGCAGAUGCCAAGUCUGGGCAUUUUUCUGUGGCAGAAGAAAUGCAGGGUGGGAGCUACGUAGGCAAUUUAGCAAAAGAUCUAGGACUAGAAGUGAGUGAGCUGUUCUUAAGGGAAACUCAGGUAGUCUCCAGUGACAACAAACAGUGUUUGAAGCUGGACCUAACCUCAGGGAAUUUGCUUUUAAGUGAAACAUUAGACCGGGAAGAACUCUGUGGCUUAACAGAGCUGUGUGUGCUGCAUUUUCAGGUGUUAAUGAAAAAUCCCUUGCAGCUUUUACGGAUUGAGCUCCAGGUCAUGGAUAUAAAUGACCACUCUCCUGAAUUCUUAGAAAAGGAAAUGCUCCUUGAAAUCCCAGAGAAUAGUGCUGUUGGUUCUGUGUUCUUACUAGAGAGUGCAGUGGAUUUAGAUGUGGGAGUCAAUGCACUGAAAAACUACACAAUAAGCCCUAACUCUCAUUUCCAUAUAAAAAUGAGAAUACAUCCAGAUCAUAAGAAAUACCCAGAAUUAGUUUUGGACAAAGCACUGGAUUAUGAAAUGCAAUCUGAACUCAAUUUCAUCCUUACUGCUCUGGAUGGUGGGUCUCCUCCCAGGUCUGGGACUGCCAGAGUUCGGGUGUUGGUUGUGGACAUUAAUGACAAUACCCCUGAGUUUGAGCAGCAGUUUUACGAGGUGGAUAUUCCAGAGAACAGUCUGUUAGGAUCACUAGUAGUCACUGUGUCAGCUUGGGAUAUGGACUCGGGGAAAAACGGAGAAAUAUCAUAUGCUUUUUCCCAUGCAUUAGAAGACAUUCGCAAGACAUUUGAUAUUAAUCCAAAAUCUGGAGAAGUUCGUUUAAGGGCAUCCUUGGAUUUUGAAACAAUAAAAUCAUACUCAAUAAUUAUUCAAGCCACAGAUGGAGGAGGGCUUUUUGGAAAAUCAACAAUCAGAAUUCAGGUGACAGAUGUGAAUGACAAUGCUCCUAAAAUCUCAGUAUCAUCAAUUACCAGUCCAAUCCCAGAAAAUUCACCUGAGUCUGUCGUUAUGGUUUUUAACAUCCAUGACAGAGAUUCUGGAGAAAAUGGAAAGAUGAUUUGUGCAAUUACAGAAAACCUACCCUUCAAACUAAAACCUUCACUCGAAAAUUACUACACAUUGGAAACAGAAAACCCACUGGACCGAGAGAUCCAGGCAGAGUACAACAUCACCAUAACGGUGACAGACAUGGGCACCCCCAGGCUGCAAACACAACACACCAUCACAGUGCUGGUGUCCGACGUGAACGACAACGCCCCCGCCUUCAGCCAGCCCUCCUACACCCUGCUGGUGGGCGAGAACAAUAGCCCCGCACUGUACAUAGGCAGCGUGAGCGCCACUGACCCCGACGCAGGCAGCAACGCCCAGGUGACCUACUCGCUGUUGCCUUCCCAAGACCCACAGCUGCCGCUCGCCUCGCUGGUGUCCAUCAACGCCGACAACGGGCAGCUGUUCGCGCUGCGCUCGCUGGACUUCGAGGCCGUGCGCACCUUCGAGUUCGGCGUGGGCGCGUGGGACCGCGGCUCGCCCGCGCUCAGCAGCCAGGCGCGGGUGCGCGUGCUGGUGCUGGACCGCAAUGACAACGCGCCCUUCGUGCUGUACCCGCUGCAGAACGCGUCGGCGCCCAGCAGCGAGCUGGUGCCCAGGGCGGCAGAGGCGGGCUACCUGGUGACCAAGGUGGUGGCGGUGGACAGCGACUCGGGCCAGAACGCCUGGCUGUCGUUCCAGCUGCUCAAGGCCACGGAGCCCGGGCUCUUCAGCGUGUGGGCGCACAAUGGCGAGGUGCGCACUGCGCGGCCGCUCAGCGAGCGCGACGCGCCCAAGCACAGGCUACUGGUGCUGGUCAGGGACAAUGGCGAGCCGCCACUGUCGGCCAGCGUCACGCUGCACGUGCUGCUGGUGGAUGGCUUCUCGCAGCCCUUCCUGCCGCUGCCCGACACGCCGCCCGACGCGCCGCGGGAUGAACGCCUCACAGUGUACCUGGUGGUGGCUUUGACCUGCGUGUCAUCGCUCUUCCUCUUCUCCGUCCUGGCCUUCGUGGCGGUGCGCCUGUGCCGGCGGGCCGGCCCGCACACGGGGGGGCCCUACCCGCUGCCCGACGCUCACUUCCCAGGACACCUGCUGGACGUCAGUGGCACUGGGACCCUGUCGCACAGCUAUCAGUAUGAGGUGUGUCUGGCAGGGGGCGCUGGCACUAAUGAGUUCAAGUUUCUCAAGCCCAUUCUCCCCACCUUCCCGCUCCAGGGCACUGGCGAAGCAGUAGAGUAA